AUGGCGACGGCAGAGGACAGGAAGUCUCGAGAGACGUGCACUGACCACAAGAAGUUGUCAGAGGUCAUUUUGCCGUUCGUGGACGGCCCCGCGUUUGUGAAGUACGGCACUCACCCAGGCCAGGACAAACUCACGGAUGAUUGCAUUCUAGCCCUGCAGAGGGACGCCAAAAUGUUGCGGGCCAUCAGGGGCGUCUCUUCGAACCUCACGAUGACGAAGGCGGCGGAGUGGACCUACGACGACCAGCAGAUGGAGAGCUGGGCGAUCGAGAAGUCGAGCAUGCUGAGGUCCAUGGCAAAGCACUUGUACCAGCCCUUGCGGAACUACACAGCAGGCAAAACGUAUCCUAAGUGGUUCGCCAAAUUCGUCAGGAUUGCCCAUGGUGCCCCAGCAGCUUCGCCUUCUCCGACCCAGUCGCCUCCGUUCGACAGCUCGCCCACUACCCGCCCAAGCCGAGAACCUGAGGGCAACGCGGAGCAGCUUCCGCCGACGGGUGAGACCAGCGUGUACCAUCACUGGGGGUGGGACUCCGCGCAGGGGAAGGCGUGGCGAUCAAAAAAAAAAACAGGCCCAUACGAGUUGACAGAUGAGAUCUUCGCGCCAGAGGGCGCGACGGACACCAGCACCAUGAGAGCGAGGUUCUCCGACGGGAUGGUCUACGCGCUGCCGACGUUGACGAAGCUGGCGUUCGAGAGCAUCGGCACUGAGAAGAAGACAGCAUCCAAGCAGUCGUUCGUCGGCCACAAGGGCGAUGAGAGAGUCACAGUCACGGAGAAGCAGCUGAGGACCAGAAAUGACAAGACCCUGGAGAUUGGCCUCGUCAUCAACGUAGACGGCCGACAAAAAGUACAGCUCAGCUACGAUCAUUGCCCUGCUGAGCAAGCCCGUGAGAAGAUGCACACCUGGGCCAAAGCCUACAUCAGCAACACCAUGACGAUUGAUGAGAUCAAGGCCGCCAGGUGCAUACCGUCGAGGAAGCGGCCUGCAGCGGCAUCGGCAACUACGCCAGCAAUGAAACGCCCUGCAGCUGCGACGGCCAUC